AUUUUCCCAUACACUUUUACUUGUUCUACUCUCUUUCACUAACCAACAAUGUCUGCCGAAGAAACCAACACCGCCGCGGCGCGGACUCCCUUUCCGGCCGACCUGAUCUACCACUCCGGCUUCGGCAACCACUUCUCGUCGGAGGCGGUCUCUGGAGCUCUCCCUCGCUCCCAGAACAGCCCCCUCCUCUGCCCCUACGGCCUCUACGCCGAGCAGAUCUCUGGCACAUCCUUCACUUCUCCACGCAAGCACAAUCAGCGCAGCUGGCUGUAUCGUGUGAAGCCCUCCGUUACGCAUGAGCCGUUCCGACCUAGAGUUCCCGAUCACCUGAAGCUCGUCAGCGAGUUCGAUCGGUCGAACAGCUCCGCCACGCCGACUCAACUGCGAUGGAAGCCGGCGGAUGUUCCGGAGCCGCCGACUGACUUCGUCGACGGAUUGUACACCGUGUGCGGCGCUGGCAGCUCGUAUCUUCGCCAUGGUUUUGCAAUUCACAUGUAUGCUGCCAAUGUAUCAAUGGAUAACUACGCAUUUUGUAGCGCAGAUGGAGACUUUUUGAUUGUUCCUCAGCAAGGAAGGUUGUGGAUCACUACUGAAUGUGGAAGAUUACAAGUAUCUCCUGGUGAGAUAGUAGUCAUACCUCAAGGUUUCCGUUUUGCUGUUGAUCUGCCAGAUGGGCCAUCAAGGGGGUACGUAGCCGAAAUAUUUGGCAGUCAUUUCCAACUUCCUGACCUUGGACCUAUUGGUGCUAAUGGUCUUGCUUCUUCGAGAGAUUUUCUGGUUCCUGAGGCCUGGUUUGAGGAUGUCCCAUGCCCUGGUUAUACCAUCGUGCAGAAGUUUGGUGGUGAACUCUUCACUGCAAAACAAGAUUUCUCUCCUUUCAAUGUGGUGGCUUGGCAUGGAAAUUAUGUCCCUUAUAAGUAUGAUCUAAGCAAAUUUUGCCCGUAUAAUACUGUCUUGGUUGAUCACGGGGAUCCAUCAAUAAAUACAGUUCUGACAGCUCCUACUGAUCGACCUGGAGUGGCAUUGCUUGAUUUUGUUAUUUUUCCACCUAGGUGGUUGGUUGCUGAACACACAUUCCGCCCUCCAUAUUAUCAUCGCAACUGUAUGAGUGAAUUCAUGGGUCUAAUUCAUGGUGGAUAUGAGGCAAAAGCUGAUGGAUUUCUUCCUGGCGGUGCAAGCCUUCACAGUUGCAUGACUCCCCAUGGUCCAGAUACAAAAACAUAUGAGAUUGCCCUCAUCCCCCAUUUUGGCGCUGAAAUCCAAUUAUUCGUCAACGAACACCCGGGAACAAGGCGUUCGCGUCCUUGAAGCAGAGAAUUGCGGGUGUGCUAAUAUAUGACGGGAAGGUUCAAAACUCAUCGAAUGCAUUUUAUUAGUCGACUGCGACACACUAAAUGGGAUCUCUUCAUCCGAAUCAAGGUCUAUCUUUUCUUCAACUGAUCCCAUCUCUAGAAACACUCAGCUGCAGAAACAGGUAAAACAAACUACAGAUUUCAAACAAACAUCAAUUUGAUUUGAGUUAAACCAUUGGCAGAUAACAAUGAAACAGAAAUUAGGGGAAAAACAAGCAUUUGAGUAAACAUCAAAGUCACUUAUUAACAGAUAUAAAACCAUUUGCAGAGCUACAAAUAGAUAAACACCUAAAAAUAGGCACAUUUACACACAGAUCAAUCAACAUCCUCUAAAUCAGCCCACUUGAAAAAAUCCAAAGCCAAAACAAGACAAACAAGUGUUAAAGAUCGAAGCUUUCACCUUAUUACUAAGUAGAUUUCUGCUUUUUCUACUGAUGCAAAUGGAUUUGAACUCAGAAACUGUCUCAACUGAAGCAAAGUAUCCCAAUUUUUUAGAAAUUAAAGAAGGGCUAUAGUCUUACUCAGAAAUUAUAUAUGUAUGACAAAAGCAAUCGAUUUUGAAAAUCUUCAGUAGAAAAUUAGGCAGAUAUUUGAGAUACUCAGAUUUCUUAUGUCCAGACUUGAAAAGAAUCAAAUUUCACUUCAGUGGGCGAGAUAUGAGGAACCAAAUUUCACUUCAGUGGGCGAGAUAUGAGGAACAUACCUGCUGAACAGAAUCGUUGUCGGCCAUGGCAAGCACGGUGUUCGAAUUACCCAGGGCGUUAGCUGGCAACCUACAAAUCGACGCAAACGCGGUCAGAAAAUCGAAUUGGUUAAGCCCAUUAUGAAAUUAUAAUUCAGACGACCACCAACGGCAACCACGAUGUUCGACCCAACAAUUUUGUAGAUGAACGCGUCGCCUAACAGCAAGUGCUAGUUGAUUGUGCAGGAAUUUUGCCGAUUCAUGGAGUAAAUGGAGAAUGAAUGUCAGGGGUAUUGAAGUCAAUUGGGUGAAAUGCCAAAGCUUCAACGAAUUUCUUCCUCCCUAUCGCAUGUGUUACUAGAGAUUGAGUUAUCUGUAUUUUGGUUUCCCGUGUCUACGUUUCAGUCGGGUCAUGGGAUGGAAGAACCGGGUCAGGUAGAUAGCUAACAUGCCAACCAAACAAGGAAGUUAGGGUAGAUAGGGAGGCCUAACAUGGACUAACAUGGGUAACAAACGAACCCUUAGAGUAAAUAAUCAAGUACAAUGAGUGUUUAAAACUACUAGUACUAUUGAGUAUGUGAAUUAAAAUAGUGAUAUAGUUA